UAAACAAAAUACGUGUCUUUUGACUCUUUGUCGAGUUAUGUUUUGUAAAAAAAAAAUUUAAACAUAAAUAUUAAAAAUCAAUUUCAAAAUGUUUUCAUUAAAACUAGUCAAUUUUGGUUUAUUAUUAUUUUAUGUAAUUUUAUACUCAACAGCAUUUUCAACUCCAAAAAAAAUAACAGACCAACUGGAUAAAUUACUAAAAUAUCCGGGAUGGAGAAAUUUAAAUGAUAUAAGCUCUAUAAAAUAUAAUAGAAAAACCUAUUAUCUCUAUAGUCUGAUUGAAAUACCUACAUCUGUUCAUAAAGGUGAGUCAAAAAUACGAGCUUUGACAGUAUUUCUGGGGUGCAAAUAUGCAAAAGUUAUGCAUAUUAUUUUUUCAACUAUUAUUAAAUGGGAAGAAAUUUAUAAAAACCAAAGUAAAGAAGACAAUGACUUAAUAAGUGAAUGUAAUUAUACUAAAGAACUCAUAAACAUAUUAGACAUAUUAAUUGUUCCAAUAGCAACAUUGAUGAAUGGCGCCCUGAAAACUUUAGAUUCAUUACAUCAUUUACCAUGGACUAAUUUUAAAUUGUAUACAAAAAAGCAUUUUAUUAUGAGUUCUUUAUUGGAAAAAAUAGAAGAUAUUCUUGACAAAUUGAAUGAUCCGAGUCGAACACGUGAAGAUAGUUCUACAAACUCUCCGAAUAUUGAAUUUUUAUAUACAUUUUCUGAAAGAAUAAUAGUAGAUGUAAAAAAAGAAAUUCAUACAUUUUGUGAAUUUGUAUCUUAUAAUACGAAUGAUUUGUGGAAUGAAUGUAUUCAAGAAUAUAUAGCCUUUAAUAACCCGGGAGUAAAAUUAAUAUCUUACGAAUUCUUAAUCAAAAAAAUUAAAGAUUAUAUCAGGACAGUAAUUAUAGAAAACUAUUUUGAUCUGGGAUUUAAAUAUGAUCCAAUUACCGAAGAAACGUUCAUACAAAAACCACAGGAAUUUAUUGAAUCAGAAUUGGAAUUUAAAGCAACAGAUGAAGAACCUUCAACGCCAAUACAAAUACAAACUUAUUAAAUUAUAAAAAAAUUUUUAAGUACCUGAAGUAGAUUGUGGGUACUUUAAUUAAAUAAUAUUCUCGGCUAUAGUAUUCUUCUCAUUUAAGUAUAAUAUUGUUUAUAUCUCUUGAAAUAUUGAUCGAAAAAGUUAUAAUAUACUAUACUUUUUCACAGUUAAAUUAUUUAAAAAUUAAGCAUUUAAUUAGUAUAACGAAUUAAAUACCAUUAAUUGAAACAUUUAAUGUUAUGUUGUUAUGUGAAAUUGAGAAGUCUAUGUUGGUUCAUGAGUUUUGUGUUUUUUAUCUAUUUAUGACAGUCACUUCACAUGUUUAUCUGAUUUUUGAGUGAUUAUGCUCAAUAAUAGAAGUUCACAAACCGCCUGGUUGCAGACUAGUUAAACAUUUUCUGCAAAUAGAAAAUUGCACAAAAAAAAUAAUACUUCUGUUAAAUUUGCUAAUAUUCACUUUACUUUAAUUUUUUUGAAUUUAAACUUAACUUUUGGAAUGGAAUCGUAAAUUCUGUAUCUUUUAAACAUAUAUUAAAUAAAAGCUUAUGUUACAAAUAGAGGACGUGAGACAGUACACAGACGACAAGUAUAAAUGAUAUCUGAUAGUGAUUAUAAUUACUACCAUAAGAAACACUUCGAUGCAAAUCUGUAGAUAGUGUUGAAUUUUAAGAAAUUCUGGAAUUAUUAAAAAACAACAUAAACUUCUAUUUCUUUUAUUAAAUCUAGAAUGUUUUCAUUAAAACUUAUCAAGAUUACUUUUUUAUUAUUUUAUGUGUUUUUAUAUACAAAAGCAUAUAAGUCUACAAAAAAAUCAAUGAAUCAAUUAGAUAUGUUACUAAAAUAUCCGGGAUGGAAAAAUUUGAAUGAUGUAAGUUCUAUACAAUAUCAUAAAAAAACAUAUUAUCUUGAAAGUCUGAUUGAAACACCAACAGAUCGAAAUAUAGGUGAGACAAAGAUACGAGCCUUGGCUAUAUAUCUUGGUUGCUCAUACACAAAAGUUAUAAAUAAUAUUUUUUCAAUUAUUUUAAACUGGGAAGAUAUUUGUAUAAACCAAAAUAAAGAAGACAGUGACUUAAUAAGUAGAUGCAUGUAUACUAAAGAACUCAUAAACAAAAUAGCCAUAUUCUUUGUUCCAAUAGCUACAUUGAUGAAAGGCGCAAUGGAUGCUUUAGAUUUAUUACAUCAUUUACCUUGGACUAAUUUUAAAAUAUGCGACAAAAAGCCCUACAUGAUAAGUCCUGUAUUGGAUAGAAUAGGAAAUAUUUUUGGCGAAUUUCUACCAUGUGAUGAUAGAUCUACAAACUCUUUGACAUUUGAAAUUGUAUGUAAUUUUUGUAAAAGAAUAAUAGCACUCUUAGAACUUGAAACUGAUACAUAUUGUGAAUUUGUAUCUUAUGAUACGAAUUAUUUAUGGAAUGAAUGUGUUCAUGAAUAUAGAGCCUUUAAUAACCAGGGAGUAAAAUUAAUGUUUUUCGAAUUCUUAACGAAAAAAGUUGAAACUUAUACUAAGACAAUAAUUAUGGAAAAGUAUUUUCAACUGGGAUUUAAAUUUGAUCCAAUUACCGAAGAAACGUUUAUACCAACACCAGAGGAACUAAUUGAACUAGAAUUGGAAUUUAAAGCAACAGAUGAAGAACCUCCAACACCAGUACAAAUAGAAAUUCAUUAAAUAUUGUAAAAAAAUUAAUUUUGUUCUACAUUUAUGCUUCAUAUUUCAUGAAAUUUGCAGUAAUACUAAGUAAACCUUUAAACUAUUACCAAAAUCUAAACAUUAAUGGUAAAUUACACACAAUUAUUUAUUAGUUGUACACGCAGUAAUAUUUAAUAUUAUAUUGAUAUUAACAAUUAUAAAAAUUUUAAUCAAGUACCGUCAGUGAAUCAUGAAUGCUUUAAUUGCCAAAUGUUUUCGGCUAUUGUCUUCCGAAACGAAGACUAUUGUCGAGAAAUGUUAUACUUAUAGGAAACUAGGUAUAAAAACUUGAAUAACUUUUGAAAUAUUUAUCCAAAAAGUUUUUAUCAACAUAACUUUUUGAAAAUAAUUAUGAAAAAGUAAAAAUGAUAUCUGACUGCGAUUGAAAUUACUGUGAUACAAAAAUCUUCAAUAUACCUAUAUUACAUAAUUUAGACCUUAUUUUAAAAUAUGUUUGAAGAUUGGAGUAUUUCGGAACAUUUUCUAAAUUUUAGUUGAUAAAGUUAAUAUUUGGUGCAAAGUUUGCUAUUUUGGAUAUCCAAAAAAAAUUAUAAAAUCAA